CUGGAAUUAUAACGUUGAUUUCUUUCCCUCCACCUAUAUUAUCCCUGUAAAGAAAAAAGUUGUACAAGUCAAAGAACUUACAUAAUGGAGAUAAACAUUGACAAUAAGAUGUCAGAGGGAGGAGAGGAUUUAGUCACAACCAAUGGUACUCUACAGAGACACAUCAACACACAGGCUGAUAAAACACGUCAUAAAUGUGAUGUUUGUGCUAAAGAAUUUUCUCGAGAUAGUCACUUAAAGAGACACUUGAGAACACAUACUGGCGAAAAACCUCACAAGUGUGAUGUUUGUUUUAGAAAAUUUAGUCAAAGAAGUUACUUAAAAACACACAUGAGAAUGCAUACUGACGAGACACCUUAUGAAUGUGAUGUUUGUUUUAGAAAAUUUACACAAAGUAGUCACUUAAACAGACACGUGAGAACACAUACUGGCGAAAAACCUCACAAGUGUGAUGUUUGUUUUAGAAAAUUUACUCAAAGAAGUUCCUUAAAAACACACAUGAGAAUGCAUACUGGCGAAACACCUUAUAAAUGUGAUGUCUGUGGUAGUGAAUUUUCUCGAAGUGAUGACUUAAAGAAACAUGUGAGAACUCAUACAGGUGAAACACCUCAUAAGUGUGAUGUGUGUGGUAGAGAUUUUGCUCGUAGAAGUAACUUAACGGCACACAUGACUGAACAUACUGGAGAUAAACCUUAUGACUGUGAUGUAUGUGGUAAAGGGUUUAGUCAGUCUGGUAAUUUAAAGAUACACAUGAGAACACAUGCAGGGGAUAAACUGUAUAACUGUGAUGUAUGCGGUAAAGGGUUUAGACUGCUUGGUAAUUUAAAGGCUCACAUGAGAACACAUGCAGGGGAUAAACCUUAUGCCUGUGGAGAAUGUGGUAAAGGAUUUAGUCGCCUUCGUUAUUUACAAUUUCACAUGAGAACACAUACAGGUGAGAAACCUUAUGACUGUGAUGUAUGUGGUAAAAAGUUUAGUCACCCUAGUAAUUUAAAGACCCAUAGGAGAACACAUACAGGGGAUAAACCUUAUGACUGUGAUGUAUGUGGUAAAGGGUUUAAUGGCCUUCCAUAUUUGCAAAUUCACAUGAGAACACAUACAGGUGAGAAACCUCAUGACUGUGAUGUAUGUGGUAAAAAGUUUAGUCACCCUAGUAAUUUAAAGACCCAUAGGAGAACACACACAGGAGAUAAACCUCAUGACUGUAAUGUAUGUGGUAAAAGGUUUAGUGAGCAGGGUGAUUUACAGACUCACAUGAGAAUACAUACAGGUGAUAUCAUAAAACCUGAUGACUGUUGUGAAUGUGGUAAAAGGUUUAGUCAAAUUAUUAUUAUAAAAAGACACAUGAAAAGUCAUUCACAUGUUUAACCUUAUGACUGUAUUGUAUUAAAGUGGUAAAGUGUUU